AUGAAUGUUGUUUAUACAGUGCAUAAUAUCCAUCCAUGUUUUCAGUUGGAUAAUUUUACUAUUUUGUUGUUCCCUCCUGACCCGUCUGCUGUGUGUGCUCUGGUGUAUCUUGUGCUUGGAUUGUUGUCGGCAGUAACAGUUUGUGGAAAUCUUCUUGUGAUAAUCUCCAUUGUUUAUUUCAAGCAGCUGCACAUUCCCACAAACUACCUGAUCCUGUCUCUGGCUGUGGCAGACCUGCUGGUGGGAGUCGUAGUUUUUCCUGUUAGUAUGACUCAGACUGUGACCUCUUGUCUCUAUGAUGAAAAUAUCUUUUACAGAUAUUAUGCCAUAUGUAAACCUCUCACAUAUAAGAGUAUAGUUACUGUGCGUGUGACUGGGGUCAUGAUCUUCAUGUGCUGGAGUUUAUCUGCUAUGAUUGCUAUUGGUAUUGUCAUUGGUGGAUACAGCCAGGGAACAUGUGAAAAAACCUGCACUGUGAAUGUGGUUUUGUCUAAUGUCUCUGGGCCUGUAUUUGCUUUUUUCAUGCCUGCAUUAAUAAUGAUUUGUAUCUAUCUUAAAAUUUUCUUUGUUGCUCAGAGACAGAGAAACAGCAUCCAGAUUUCUAAAUGUGGUGCAAUAAGUAAGACAGAGAGGAAGGCCACUAAAACCCUGGCCAUAGUGAUGGGAGUUUUCCUCUUAUGUAUGACUCCAUACUUUCUGUGCAUUGUUUUUCUCCCUUUAGCCAGUGAAACUCCACCGUUCUCUCUGAUCGAAGCUCUCAACUGGCUCACAUUGUCCAACUCAAUGCUCAAUCCUUUUAUUUACGCCUUCUUCUACAGCUGGUUCCAGGCUGCCUGUAAAGUCAUAUUAAGUGGACAAAUAUUUACAGGCAACUUCACAAGCACAAGACUGAUGUGA